UAGAAAUGUAUGUGACAUCCACAUCUUAGUUGUUUUUCCUUCUUUUAAUUAAAAUGAGUAAAGUAUGGGGUGAUCUUGGUGUUAAAUUGCACAAGGAAAUUCAAGAUGGCAUUAAAUCUUUUAAUUUUCCCGCAAUGACACCUGUCCAAGCUGCGACAAUUCCUCAGCUCAUUAAUAAAAAGGAUGUUGCUGCCGAAGCUGUUACAGGUUCUGGUAAAACAUUAGCCUUUUUGAUACCCUUGCUGGAUAUACUAAAGAAACGUGAACAAAAAUUGAAAAAGUACGAAGUUGGGGCAGUUGUUAUCUCCCCGACAAGGGAGUUGGCUUUACAAACCAAACAAGUGUUGAGUCAGCUGUUAAAAUAUGUUUCCGAUAUAAAUCACAUAUUGUUUGUAGGUGGAAAUAGUGUAGAGGAAGACAUAAAAAACUUUAAGGUUAAUGGCGGUAAUAUUGUGAUUUGUACCCCAGGAAGACUGGAGGACUUGUUGACUAGGAAAAACGAUUUAAAUUUGACAAACUCAGUGAAAAGUCUGGAAAUAUUGAUAUUGGAUGAGGCUGACAGACUACUGGAUUUAGGCUUCCAAAAAUGUCUCGACACCAUAUUAAGUUACCUACCGAGACAACGCAGGACCGGACUUUUUUCUGCCACGCAGACUAAAGCGGUUGAAGAUUUGAUCCGCGCAGGUUUAAGAAAUCCAGUCAUAGUCAGCGUCAGUGCCAAAGCAACGCAGAGUACCCCUCUGCUACUGGAAAAUUAUUAUAUAGCGACUAAAAAUAACGGUAAAUUAGGCACCUUGAUAUCUUUUAUUCAGGCAAAAGAUGUUCAAAAAGCGAUGCUAUUUUUACCUACAUGCGCGUGCGUCGACUAUUGGUCGACAGUGUUUCCGCAAUUAUUACCUAAAGAAUUAAAUCUACCCGUCAUAGCAAUCCAUGGUAAAAUGAAGGAAAAGAGGAAAAAAAUUUUGGAGAGUUUUAGGAAAUCAGAUAAGGCCCUCUUGAUAUGCACCGACGUAAUGGCGCGGGGUAUCGAUAUACCUGAAGUGGACUGGGUUUUGCAGUGGGAUCCCCCAGCCAGUGCCAGUGCUUUUGUGCACAGAGUCGGUCGUACUGCCAGACAAGGACACGAAGGGUCCAGUCUUAUACUGCUUUUAGAAAACGAAGACGCGUAUGUUCCUUUCAUAGAAACAAAUCAGAGGGUUAGGCUUAUCCAGGUGGAAGAUACCGCCACAAUUGAUGAAAUUAACAGCUAUACGGACAAAUUAAGGUUCAUUCAGAAGAGGGACAGGGCUGUUAUGGAAAAAGCCACAAAAGCAUACGUUUCGCAUGUAAGGGCGUAUUCAAAACACGAGUGCAACAUAUUAUUAAAAGUCAAGGACUUGCCUUUAGGUGCUAUGGCAGCCACCUACGGCCUCUUACAGUUACCGAAAAUGCCCGAACUAAAAAACCGCGAUCUCUCCGAUUUUCCCGCACUAACAGACUUUGACGUAACCAGAGUGCCUUACAAGGAUAAAUUGAGGGAGACUAUUAGGAAACAAAAACUGGAGGAGUACAAAGUCACGGGUGCAUGGCCGGGACAUAAGGCGAAAUUUAUUAAAAAACCCACCGAACCGUGGUCGAAAACGAAACAAACGAAGGAAGAGAGGAAGGAAAAAAGGAAGAAAAGGAAGGCUUUAAAAAAAGCCAAACUGGCUAGUAAUGAGGCACCUAAAAGUAAAAAACGAAAGGGUAUCAGUGAUGAGGAUUUGGAGGAAUUAAAGAAAGAUGUGGCUUUGCUCAAAAAAUUUAAAAAGAAAAAAAUAUCAGAAGAGGAGUUUGAAAAGCAGAUGGGAUUAACAUAAAUGUUUU